CCGGGGAUGCCAGUCUGGGUGGGGAGCCCAGGCCCUUGGCAGGCAGCCACCGUCCUGUCCCUGCCCAUCCCCUCCGGAUGGCCCAGGAGGGGGAGCGGCCGUCCCAGCCCUGGGGCCGCGCUGAGAUCAUUGGGUGUCUCCCUGGCAGUGGCUCCUGCCACCCGGCUGGAGGCUCCGCCGGCUCCACCAGAAAGAGUGACCGGGGGCUCCAGCCCUGCAGCCACUGGAGUGCUGGGGAUGACUUCCAGAUGUGGCCACUGGCCCGCAGAAGGUGGCUGCUGCAGCCCGGGAAGCAUCAGAGAGCUCUGCCAGGACCUUUGCUGGGGAGCUGAAGCCCAGCGCGAUCCACAGCAGGGAGGGUCCCUCCGAGCUGCUCUUCACUGCAGUGCAGUCCCUGCUCUGAGUGCCUGCAGGCGGCUGUUAAAGGGGAGGCUUUGGGCUGCGCUCUGCCCCGGCCAGGCGUGAAAGGUCCCGUGUCGGAAUGCCCCAGAGCCGCGGGCUGAAGUCACCCUCGGUGACAGCAUCGGGCGACAUGGGCCCCUGGACAGGAUCUGCUCCAGGAAGGGGGGCUCUAGCAGAGUCAAGCAGGCGCCAGGCUGGUCAGUGCAGGAGGAAGGCACUGGAGCCAAGGACUGCCAGGGUCGGCCAAGUGUCUGCCCUCUCCCCACCUCCUCGGCCUCGUGCCUGGGGGUAGGUUGUGUCAUCACCCUUCCCUCCUUGGCCAGGGGCAGGAGCUGGGGCUGCCCCGGCAGUGGCUCCUGUGGGGCCCGGGUGAACCAGAAGCUGCGGUUUUGGGGCCGUGGGUCCCCCUGACGCCCCCAUUCCCGGGCGGCAGCGCCCGUCCGGGGACAUUAUGCUUUCCCGUCCACUCCCCCCGCUGCUGGGCUGCCUGCCCUCCACGCAGGAGACGAGGGAUUUCACAACCCAGCCCAGACAGGAUUAAAGAGAAAUACACAAGUAAACAAAUCGCGGCCUCGUAACGCUGGACGUGCUGUGCAGGGACUGGAUCCUCCAGGCCGUCAAACUGCCCCUGUCAGAGGAAAGGAGUUGCUUCCUGUUAUUUCCAUUGAAAUCCUUGUCCCGGUCGUUAGCCGGCAGGCUUUGGCAGGAUGGCACCGCGCGCGCACAUGAGCUCCGGCCGCGUCUCCCAAGGGCUGCUGCUGCUCUGGGUGCUCCUGGGGGCUGGCCUUUAUCAGACAGACUCCGUGACAACAACAACGAGCUUCAGCCAGGACGCUGGGACAAGCCCACCCAUGGUCAUGUCCAACAGGACAGCCCAGCUUAUGGCAGUGCUGGAAUUACUUCGUCGACCUGAUGAGGAAUGUGACGACAUCGGAGUUGUGCGAGUGGAAAGUCAUCAGCAGGCCCUACAGCGAGCUGCAGGCCUGCCUGGAGUACUGGGCCGAGCACCUGAACUACAGCUACCCCAAUGCCCUGGCCGAGCAGUACAUCUUCCAGAGCCAUUACCUCUACUUCCACAACUGCACCCUGGAGCAUCCGGUGUACUUCGACCCGCCCGAAGAUGUGCUCCUGGCCAUGAUCAUCGCCCCCAUCUGCCUCAUCCCCUUCCUCGUCACCCUGGUCAUCUGGCGCAGCAAGGACGGCAAGGCGCAAGCCUAGAGCUGCCCUCCCGUCCCGCAUCAGGGCACGGACCCCCGGCUGCGGGGCCCCCCGACCACCCGAACCGCCCGGUGGGCUCUCGGGGUCACCAACCCGCGCUGCUGAGGCGGCCGGUUCUUCCUGCGCCUUCCCCACCCUGCGGCCCGGGAUUAAACGUUUCUCCCUCCACGCCUGGCGCUGGUUCUUCGGCCGCUCGAUCCCUCCACGGCCCCGGCCCGGGCCACCUCCCACCGCCAGCGCCCUCCUAGCACGGGCCUGCCGGCAGCUUCUUGCCGUAGGGAACACAACCGGCGGCACACCGGGACCACCACCGGCCA